UCACAAAUAACACUCAUCUACUUUUAAAAUAAUAAUACGAAGAAUAAUAAUAAUUUGGAGUCUUACAGCGGAUCUGUCUCUCUGUCUAAUUUGUAUUAUUGACCUCCACGAUUGGCCUUGUGAGAGUACAGAAUCUGGCGUGACACCGUUAUUAAAUUACAGUACCUACAGUGUCACAGAGCCCUAAGAAUAACCUGGGCUCUGAGCCAGUCCUGGCCGGCAGUGGACUGCCAAGCCCAAACUUCAGCCGUUUACACCCCACGUCCCUGCAGCCAAGACCCCUUUACUGUCAGAUAGACCACUCUAGUUAUCUCUGGGAGUCUUUAAGACAGGAAGUCCUAGUGCUUGCCCAUAAUGCACUGCAUACAUAAUGACUCUUUAUGGCGGAGGUCAAACGCUUAACUAGCGAGGUUCCCUUGUUCAACCAUUUCACAUUUUUAUAAAAUUUAAUUUGCCCAAUUUUGAAAUUUGGCCCCCUGCAUUGAAACAAAGUAACACCUGAUCCAACCUUACCUUUAAAGCGUAAAGACUCCCAUCCAAGUUACAAUUAAAAGUUUGAACAAAGCUUAAAAUUAGUCGUCGUCCCCCCCCAACCCCAGUAUUGAAACCUUUUAACGCCUGAUCAAACUUAAGCUUUUAUUUAAAGACUCCUAUCCGUUCAGGCUGUAGUUUAAAAUCUGGAUGUAGCCAUUAAAAAAAUUGUAAAAAGGAAAUCUUUUGUAGCUGUGGUUUGAGCACGGAGGAGUAAAGCCACAAUGAGUAAGUUGGAGGAAAGAAAGCAGGUGGUAUGCUUUGUGUGUGAGUUCCAACCCUUUCCAAAGUGUUACUAAUGGUAAAGAGAUAAUUUUCUAGGCUUCUUUUCUCUGCCGGUUGAAGCCUGACUGCAGAAGAACCCUGGCACAGAAAGUGGGGCAAAACCCCGGACCCCAAGCAGCCGGCCCGGACCUACAUGGAUGUGAUGAGGGAGCAGCACCUCACCAAAGAGGAGAAAGAGAUCCGGCAGCAGCUGGCGGAGAAGGCGAAGGCGGGGGAGCUGAAGGCUGUGAACGGAGCGGCUGCCUCCCAGGCUGCGGCCGCCGCGGCCGCCAAACGCAAGCGCCGCUGGGACCAGACCGCCGACCAGACCCCCACCAACACCACCGCCAGCUCCACGCCCAAGAAGGUCUCCAGCUGGGACCAGGCCGACGCCAACGCAGAGACUCCAGGCCACACCCCGGGCCACACCCCCUCCAACAGUCGCUGGGACGAGACGCCCGGGCGGGCGAAGGGCAGCGAGACGCCGGGAGCCACGCCCAGCACGCGCAUGUGGGAGCCCACACCCAGCCACACCCCCGCGGGGGCCGCCACCCCGGGGCGGGGGGACACGCCCGGGCACGCCACGCCCGGCCACGGCGGGGCCACCUCCAGCGUCCGCAAGAACCGCUGGGACGAGACGCCGAAGACCGAGAGAGAGACCCCCGGGCACGGCAGCGGCUGGGCCGAGACUCCCCGCACAGACCGCGGGGACGAGUCCGUGGGGGAGACGCCCACCCCGGGCGCCAGCAAGAGGAAGUCCCGCUGGGACGAGACGCCGGCGAGCCAGAUGGGCUCCUCCACGCCCCUGCUCACUCCGGGGAAGACCCCCAUCGGCACCCCCGCCAUGAACAUGGCCACGCCCACUCCAGGUCACCUGAUGAGCAUGACCCCGGAGCAGCUGCAGGCCUGGCGCUGGGAGCGCGAGAUCGACGAGAGGAACCGGCCCCUCACCGACGAGGAGCUGGACGCCAUGUUCCCCGAGGGCUACAAGGUUCUGCCCCCUCCUGCCGGCUACGUGCCCAUCCGCACCCCGGCCCGGAAGCUGACGGCCACCCCCACCCCCAUCGGGGGCAUGACCGGGUUCCACAUGCAGACGGAGGACCGCACCAUGAAGACCGUCAACGACCAGCCGUCCGGCAACCUGCCCUUCCUCAAGCCGGACGACAUCCAGUACUUCGACAAGCUGCUGGUGGAGGUGGACGAGUCGACUCUGAGCCCCGAGGAGCAGAAGGAGCGUAAGAUCAUGAAGCUGCUGCUGAAGAUCAAGAACGGCACUCCCCCAAUGAGGAAGGCCGCCCUGCGUCAGAUCACCGAUAAGGCUCGGGAGUUUGGGGCCGGGCCCCUCUUCAACCAGAUCCUGCCCCUGCUGAUGUCCCCCACGCUGGAGGACCAGGAGCGCCACCUGCUGGUCAAAGUCAUCGACCGCAUCCUGUACAAGCUGGACGACCUCGUCCGGCCCUACGUGCACAAGAUCCUGGUGGUGAUCGAGCCCCUGCUGAUUGAUGAGGAUUACUACGCCAGAGUAGAGGGCAGAGAGAUCAUCUCCAACUUGGCCAAGGCCGCCGGCCUGGCCACCAUGAUCUCCACCAUGCGUCCCGACAUCGACAACAUGGACGAGUACGUGCGGAACACGACGGCGCGCGCCUUCGCCGUGGUGGCGUCCGCGCUGGGCAUCCCGUCGCUGCUGCCCUUCCUCAAGGCCGUGUGCAAGAGCAAGAAGUCCUGGCAGGCGCGCCACACCGGCAUCAAGAUCGUGCAGCAGAUCGCCAUCCUCAUGGGCUGCGCCAUCCUGCCCCACCUGCGCAGCCUGGUGGAGAUCAUCGAGCACGGUCUGGUGGAUGAGCAGCAGAAGGUCCGCACCAUCAGUGCCCUGGCCAUCGCUGCUCUGGCGGAGGCGGCCACGCCCUACGGUAUCGAGUCCUUCGACUCCGUGCUGAAGCCCCUCUGGAAGGGUAUCCGCCAGCACAGGGGCAAGGGUCUGGCCGCCUUCUUGAAGGCCAUCGGCUACCUGAUCCCCCUGAUGGACGCCGAGUACGCCAACUACUACACCAGGGAGGUGAUGUUGAUCCUCAUCAGAGAGUUCCAGUCUCCUGACGAGGAGAUGAAGAAGAUCGUGCUCAAGGUGGUGAAGCAGUGCUGUGGGACCGACGGUGUCGAGGCGAACUACAUCAAGACCGAGAUCCUGCCCCCCUUCUUCAAACACUUCUGGCAGCAUCGGAUGGCUCUGGAUCGCCGCAACUACAGACAGCUGGUGGACACCACGGUGGAGCUGGCCAACAAGGUGGGCGCGGCCGAGAUCAUCUCGCGCAUCGUGGACGACCUGAAGGACGAGGCGGAGCAGUACAGGAAGAUGGUCAUGGAGACCAUCGAGAAGAUCAUGGGCAACCUGGGCGCCGCCGACAUCGACCACAAGCUGGAGGAGCAGCUGAUCGACGGCAUCCUGUACGCCUUCCAGGAGCAGACCACCGAGGACUCUGUGAUGCUGAACGGUUUCGGCACCGUGGUGAACGCCCUGGGGAAGCGGGUCAAGCCCUACCUGCCGCAGAUCUGCGGUACCGUCCUGUGGCGUCUCAACAACAAGUCCGCCAAAGUCCGUCAGCAGGCCGCCGACCUCAUCUCCAGGACCGCCGUCGUCAUGAAGACCUGCCAGGAGGAGAAGCUGAUGGGGCAUCUGGGGGUGGUGCUGUACGAGUACCUGGGGGAGGAGUACCCCGAGGUCCUGGGGAGCAUCCUGGGGGCGCUGAAGGCCAUCGUCAACGUCAUCGGCAUGCACAAAAUGACCCCGCCCAUCAAGGACCUGCUGCCGCGUCUGACGCCCAUCCUAAAGAAUCGGCACGAGAAGGUGCAGGAGAACUGCAUCGACCUGGUGGGCCGCAUCGCAGACAGGGGGGCUGAGUACGUGUCGGCGCGGGAGUGGAUGAGGAUCUGCUUUGAGCUGCUGGAGCUGCUGAAGGCCCAUAAGAAGGCCAUCCGCCGAGCCACCGUCAACACCUUCGGCUACAUCGCCAAGGCCAUUGGGCCCCACGACGUGCUGGCCACGCUGCUGAACAACCUGAAGGUGCAGGAGCGGCAGAACCGCGUGUGCACCACGGUGGCCAUCGCCAUCGUGGCCGAGACCUGCUCGCCCUUCACCGUGCUGCCGGCGCUGAUGAACGAGUACCGCGUGCCCGAGCUCAACGUGCAGAACGGCGUGCUCAAGUCCCUCUCCUUCCUGUUCGAGUACAUCGGCGAGAUGGGCAAGGACUACAUCUACGCCGUCACCCCCCUGCUGGAGGACGCUCUCAUGGACCGGGACCUGGUGCACAGGCAGACAGCGAGCGCGGUGGUGCAGCACAUGUCCCUGGGCGUGUACGGGUUCGGCUGCGAGGACUCGCUCAACCACCUGCUGAACUACGUGUGGCCCAACGUGUUCGAGACGUCGCCCCACGUCAUCCAGGCGGUGAUGGGCGCCCUGGAGGGGCUCCGCGUGGCCAUUGGGCCCUGCCGCAUGCUGCAGUACUGCCUGCAGGGCCUGUUCCACCCGGCGCGGAAGGUGAGGGACGUGUACUGGAAGAUCUACAACUCCAUCUACAUCGGGUCCCAGGACGCGCUGAUCGCCCACUACCCCCACGUCUACAACGACGAGAAGAACCCCUUCAUCCGCUACGAGCUGGAGUACUUCCUGUGAACACGCCCCAGAGGCCCCGCCCCCUCCCCCUGCACACAUUCACUUAUUUUACUGUCCGCCCUCGCGUCAUUGGCCCGUUCCCCUCUCGGCCCCGCCCCUUCCUGUCUCUCCCUCCCUGCCCUUUACCUCCUUUUGGACGUUAUUCGUUAUUUUUUUUUAAACCAUUUAGUUGUGUGUGUGUCUGGUAGGGGAUGACCAGUCAGCCACAAUGGCACCAAAAAAAAAACCUUUUUAAUAAAAAGUCGGAGAGAAGAAAAAAAAAAAAAAAAAAAAAAUGAAUGGAACAAUGUUUAGAGCCUUUAGGUGAUUUUUUUGUGAGAAAUUGCAGCAGAGUUUAGUCGCAGCGCUGAGAAGAUGCUUCUGUGAGAAGGAUUCUUGGUAAACUUUAAUAUUAAUCGUCAUGGUUUCCGUGUAGCAGCGUUUCUCUGGCUCUACGCUGAGGCUUGUCCAUUUCUCUGAUCUUAUGGAGUGUUUCCUUACUUGAGCGAAUAAACACUUGUGUAUAAUAA